CAUUUUACUUUUACCUUGUUCAUGCCUGGUGUAUCAUCAGUCCAGGUUACACGUGUUGGCGUCAUGCGGGUACAUUUUGUACGUGAGAUUACCCCGAGUUUCACACAAAUGUUGAUGGUUCCUCAACAGACACAAACGUAUUGACACCAUGAAUGUCCUACGCCACGACAUUAAUGCAAUACGAGCAAUGACAGCAAAUACCAACCUACACGCUGAAUGCAGGGAAGGGAAUCUUAACAAUGUGAGAAAACUAUUGACCACGAACACAGCGAACGUCAACAAAAUGGGAUUGUAUGGCUGGACGCCAUUGCUUGCAUCAGCAUGGAGUGGAGAUACAGACGUGUUGGACUGCAUCAUGUAUAAAGGCGGUGACGUUUCGGCAGUUGAUGACGGAGGUGACAACGUCCUUCAUGUGGCAUGUAACGGGGGUCAUGACCACAUGGUUAAAUACAUCAUAUCCUUGAACGUCGUCGACGUCAACUGCAGAGGACAACAUGGAAGGACACCGGUGAUGGUGGCAGCGUUGGGUGGUCAUCGACGAAUGAUGACUUCACUUUUGAACGAAGGAGCCAAUUUAGCAUGUGUUGAUGACGACGGCAAUACUAUGCUGCACGUUGCAUGCUGCGGAGGUGAUGUUGAGACGGUGAAGUAUGUCCUUUCUCGAGGCAGUACACAUGUUGAUAGCAGGAAUCGUAACGGCUGGACAGCCCUCAUGUGUGCAGCUUGGGUGGGACAAAGAGGAGCGUUUGACGUGCUUGUUAAUGCUGGAUGCGAUGUGUCGCUGGUUGAUGCUAACAGAAAUACAAUCCUCCACCUGGCUUGUCUUGGAGGUAAUGUCGAUAUAGUGAAAUAUGUCCUCGUUGAGAUCCGUGAUGACGUUAACUGCAGGGGUCAAUACGGGUGGACACCGGUGAUGAUUGCAGCGGAGAGAGGGUACAGAGGCAUGUGUGACUUCCUUGUGGGUAAGGAUGCUGAUCUGUCGGUAGUUGGUGCUGAUGGUAAUACCAUCCUUCACAUGGCAUGUCUUGGUGGUGAUGUUGAGCUUGUGCAGGAUGUCCUCAGAGAGACACAAAUUAACGUCAACGUGAAAGGACACGAAGGUAUGACUCCCGUGAUGAUAGCAGCCAGGAUGGGGAAUCAGAUAUUAUUUGACCUUCUUGUGAGUAAAGGAGCCGACGUGUCCAUCGUUGAUGACCACAACAACAACAUCCUUCAUAUGGCCUGUCUUGGAGGCGAUGACGCCAUGGUAAUAGACAUUCUCCUUCAGAAACAAUUCACCAUCAACAGUUCAGGACAGAAGGGGAUGACGCCAAUCAUGUUCGCAUCCCGAGCCGGACACGGGGUUGUGUUUGACGUGCUGAAGAGUAAAGGGGCAGAUGUAUCAGCUUUAGAUGAUGACGGUAACAACGUUCUCCAUCUUGCAAGUCUUGGUGGUGAUGAUGCCAUGACGUUCCAAGUGCUCAUCGAAACCAGCAUCAACAUCAACGGUAGGGGGAAGCUUGGAAGGACACCGUUGAUGCUGGCAGCACAGUGUGGACACAAAGGUGUAUUUGACGUUCUUUGGAACAGAGGUGCGGACACAUUACUGUUUGAUGACGAGGGUAACACCGCUCUUCAUUUGGCCUGCUCGGAAGGGAAUGUUGAAAUGAUACAUUACAUGCUGUUACAAACCACAUUAGACGUGAACUGUAGAGGCAAGUACGGUAGGACCCCUGUGAUGCUGGCAGCAGAGUUUGGUCACAGAGGAGUCGUUCGUAUACUUCUGAGACAAGGCUGUGAUCUGUCACUGAUUGAUGACGACGGUAACAACAUCCACCACGUAGCCGCCAUCGGCGGGGACGUGGACAUGGUGAGAUACAUUCUCUCACUUGACACUGAGGGGGCUAACUCAAGGAAUAUUCAUGGAUCAACAGCAGGUAUGAUAUGGAAAGAAAGACAGUGACUGUAUCAGUUAUACCCCACCGUGCUGGAAGAUAGAACAAUAUGAUCUUGAGCGAAACAAAUGGGCAUGGUGUUACAAACCUGUGUGGUUAUGUUCAUACAGCUUAGGUCACAAAUCAGUUAAGCAACGUUGGGUGCGGAGAGUCAUUGAAUGGGUGACCGUGUUUGACAGCUUGACUCCUGAGAGUUUCUAGGAUUUCAAUCCUGCCCCACAAAGAAGCACAUGUGAUACAUGUGGUCUCAGUUUAGUCAAAUGAGUUGCCACAAAAUUGCCACUGUUCACCCUGCAGAAAAUGGGUACCCGGUGGGAUAAGUCAUGUUACAAUAACUUUAUAGCUCAUCACAGGCAUCUUUGGUUAUCUGGGCUCAUAAUUGUCUGCACAAUGAGCAUGCUGUCGGUGUGGAUUUAGCGCAAUAUGGACUAAUUAUUACUAAUUAUCAAACAUGAUCUUGUCGAAUCUUAGAUUCAAUGCCAUACUCUUGCCUGAGGGACGCACCUGAAAGUCGGGUUGUCGGCUGUCGAAUACACUGGGAAUAAUGUCAGUAAAGCAGUUCCUGGUUUGAAUAGCAAAGGUGCAUGAUAAGUCUCUCUUUUGUGCCAUAAAUUGCUUAUAUGUUUUAA